GGGUUGUUUGUAAAUCGGAAACUGAGAGCCUUUUUACUUCACAGUGGUCUGUGUAAAGUCACCUAUCUGCUGCUACACGACUCGGGAGGAAGACCAAAUAGCAUUACAUACAGAGAGAGCCUUGAGAUUGAGAGAGAAUCGAAAUGCAGAGAGCUCCGGCCAUUUCCAGCAACUGAUUCUUUUCCCGCCGGCGAAUUUUACGAUUUACUGUUCCUGCUGCGAGUGAUUCCUUUCCGUUCGACCAAAAACACUGUUAAGUUCUUCUUACUUUACCCUUUUUGUGUAAUUUGUUUUGUAAAAUCAUCAUCUUCUUCGAUAAGACUUUUAAAAACCCUAUAGCCUGACUCUCUCACACACUCUCCUUUUGUCUCCGUAAACGGAUUUUGUUAACAUUUGGGUUUCUUGAGUUUUGAUUCGUCUCUCUUGCUAACACUAGGGUUUCUUGAGUUCCCUAGAAAAUGUUCUUGUAAGUCAAAAAUCAUCUCUUUUUGAAACUUUCAUGUUCAAUGUUGCACAGCAAGGCAUAAUGGUUGAUAACGAGAUAAAGACUCAGCUUCUUUGUUCCAAAUGGUUGGAAGAUAGGAUAAGCCAGUUACCUGAUCCUUUGAUAUGUCACAUUCUCUCUCAUCUUCCCCUAAAGGACAGUGUUAAGACUAGCGUAUUAUCCACCAGAUGGAGGACUCUCUGGCUUUGGCUUCCUCGUUUGGAAUUGGCAUUGUCCAAGUUCCCUAAUUCCGAUGCCUUUUUGAGUUUUGGUGACAGGUUUUUCCAUUCCAGCAGAGUUUCAUGCAUUCACAAGCUCAACUUAACUAUGAGCUAUGGAAAUGUCAAUCCUCACUUCACAUCAUGGAUCGAUGCUGCUGUCAAGCGUAACGUCCAACAUCUACAAGUUCGUUAUGCUUAUGAGAUGCCCCUAAGCCUUUAUACUUGUGAGACUGUGGUAUCCUUAAAGAUGUGUUGGGUGGCCUUGCCUAGUGCCGAGUUUGUUUCCUUGCCUUGUCUGAAGAUCCUGCAUUUAGACUAUAUGAGGUAUCCCAAUGAGACCACUUUUGAGAGACUUGUCUCAUCCUCCCCUGUCCUUGAAGAGCUAGAGUUGGGACUAGUUAAUUCUGGUGCAAAGGUCUUUAGGGUGCUAUCUACGUCAUUGAAGAGGCUCACUAUAAGCAUACGCUUCUCUGUGGGUGAUACAGGAUUUCUGAUUGAUGCCCCUCGAUUACGCUUUUUGAGCAUCCGUGAUAAUUUACCAAAAAGCUUUAUAAUAACCAUUAUGGAUUCCAAUGUCAAGUUAGAUCUUGAUCUCACCCCUGGUUUGUUUUUUGAAGAAGCAGAUGUUUUAUCCAGGAGAAAUAGUUUUCACAGUUUUCUCCCCCAGAUUUCAAAGAUCAGUGAUAUGUUCAUACAUCUAGGCACUUUCGAGCUUCUCUGUGAAUACUCGAAACUAGAACCACUGCCUCAGUUUGGUUACAUGUCCUGCCUGCAAGUAGAGCUCUAUUAUUCCCAUUUGAAAUGGUUACCAACCUUUCUUGGAAGCUUCCCAAACUUGAAGUCGCUCAUCUUGGUAUGCUACAAUGCAGAUCAUGUGGAAAUGCCAUUUGACGAGAUGAAUCAAGUCGAUCUUUCAACUGUGCCUCAGUGUUUGCUAUCGUCUCUCGAAUUUGUUGAUUUCAAAGUGAAAGUCUCGGGACUUGCUGCAGAGAUGAAGCUAGUAAGGUACUUCCUAGAAAAUGCGGCUGUCCUCAAGAAACUCACUCUACCUUGGCAUUAUGAUGCAAUACAGAUUCAAGAUGACUUGGUCAAGAAACUCCUCAACAUUCCAAGACGCUCUACCGAAUGUGAAGUCGUCUUUCUUUGAUCGGUAAAGAGUAGAGGGAACAUUGCAAGGUUUCGUGAUAUUAUGUAAAACGAAGUGAAUAUGCGUUGUAGUUCUCAUGGUUGGCAUGGCUUUGCUCCAUCUAGGCAUAAGCUUUCAUAUGUU